AGAUAGAGACGUGCUUAAAUCAUUAUUGAUAUUUCUUCAUUUCAUAUAUCUUAUUUCAAAAAAAUAAAUAAAAAAACGACUGUGUGUAUUUUUGCUAUGGAAGUGCCAGGAAAGACAAUUUCGACUGGUGAAAAUAAUACAUUGUGUAAUAUAUGUGAAGAUGAUGACAAAGUUACACAUGCAGAUGGAUUUUGUGAGGAAUGUGAAGAAUACAUGUGUAGUACAUGUUUUGAUAAACAUAAAAAACGAAAAAUAAGUAGGCAUCACGAAUUCACAGACUUGAACGAAGUACAGUCGUUACAAGAGAAUAAAGGAUCAGAUGACCUAGAGAAGUGUAAACUACAUUGCAAUGAGGUCGUUAAGUUUUAUUGUUCACAUCACGAGAAAAUUGGCUGCGGCGAUUGUAUGAUUUUUGAACAUAAAAGCUGUAGGGUCGAAUACAUUCGUGACAAGGCUAGACAAUUCAAAGACAGUCAGGACUGUAAAGAUUUGAUUAGAAGAGCAGAAAAGUGUCAUCUUGAAGCAGAAGAAAUGUUUACUUCUCUUAAGAGUAACAAGAUUCAAGUUGUUGAUAUCCAUGACAAGUUUACAAGAGAUGUAAACGCGUUUAAAGAAGAAAUGAUUUUGCAUGUUACUAAACUGACAAACGACAUGUUAAAGCAAGGAGAAGAUAUAAAGGCCAUGGAUAUGAAGAGUAUUGACAAGUUAGAAAAAGAAACUGAAGGAGUAAUGAAUGAAACAUCGCGCUUGAGUGAUGUGUUUGUGUCAUAUAGUGACCGACCUCAAAAACUCUUUGUUAGUUCAGUAUUACAAAAACCUAAACUUAAUGGUCUUCGGGAACAACUUGAUAAUAUCAAGGGUAAAAACAAAAUUUCUGUUUACGAAUUUAGUUGUGAUGGUAACCUAGAACGUUCUGUCAAAGAUUGUAAACAACUUGGAAAUAUGCAAACAAUCAAGCAAAGCAACAAAGCUGAUAUAAAAGAAAAAGUAAGACCAAAGGAAAUAGCUCAGCAUGUUCCAGUCCCAGUACUUCCGAAACCCCAG